AUGGAGAAGUUUCAGGCUGCGAUGCUGCUGGGGAGUGUCGGGGACGCUCUGGGCUACAGAAACGCCCGCAAGGAGAACAGUGCCACCGGCACGAAGAUCCAGGAGGACCUGCAGAAACUCGGGGGGCUGGACCACCUGGUGCUCUCCCCGGAGAAGUGGCCUGUGAGUGACAACACCAUCAUGCACCUGGCGACGGCCAGGGCCCUCACCACAGACUACUGGUGCCUGGACGACCUGUACCGGGAGAUGGUGAAGCACUACGUGGAGGUGCUCGAGAAGCUUCCAGAACAUCGAGCAGACCCCGCUACCCUUGACGGCUGCUCAGCGCUGAAGCCGGAUAACUAUCUCCUGGCCUGGCACACGCCUUUCAAUGAGAAGGGCUCGGGGUUUGGAGCUGCCACCAAAGCGAUGUGCAUUGGCUUGCGGUACUGGAAGCCCGAGCGGCUGGGGACCCUGAUCGAAGUCAGCAUCGAGUGCGGCAGGAUGACGCACAACCACCCCACAGGCUUCCUAGGGGCCCUGUGCACAGCCCUGUUUGCAUCUUACGCCAUACAAGGCAAGCCGCUGGAGCAGUGGGGGAGAGACAUGAUGAAGACGGUCCCACUGGCUGAAGAAUACUGUAAGAAGACCAUCCGGCACCUGGCAGAGUACCAGGAGCACUGGUUUUACUUUGAAGCUAAAUGGCAGUUUUACUUGGAGGAGAGAAAGCUCAGUGAAGACAGCGGCGGUAAAGCCGCCUUCCCUGACCGUUACGACGCAGAGGAGAGGGACAAGACCUACAAGAAAUGGAGCUCAGAAGGCCGAGGCGGGCGGCGGGGCCACGAUGCCCCCAUGAUUGCCUACGAUGCUCUCUUAGGAGCCGGGAACAACUGGACGGAGCUCUGCCACCGGGCCAUGCUUCACGGAGGUGAGAGUGGGGCCACAGGGACCAUCGCGGGCUGCCUGUUUGGACUGCUCCACGGCCUGGACACCGUGCCCGCAGGCCUGCACCAGGAGCUGGAGCACAGGGCAGAGCUGCUGCGCCUGGGCGAGGCGCUCCACCGCCUGUCCACGGAGGAGAACCCCAAGAGUGCCAAGAUCUGCAGCAGUAACACACCUUUUGAUGCCCAAGCCCUGAAGAAAAAGCUCAGCAAGGCGACCUGCGACCCCGCGGUCCACACCAUCCUCAGAAGCCUGCUGCUCUACGUCACCCACCGUGGGGAUGGGCCCCAGGCGCUGCCUCCCGCCAAGAGGGCAGAGCGCAGAGACAGCCAGGGGGGCUGGAAGCCGGAGCCCCAAGAUGCCAGCCUGCGGCCCACGCGCUUCCAGCUCCUGCAGGCCAAGUUCAUGGGCCCUGGCCGGGAGCCCUGGCUCAACAAGACCCGGGAGGUGGGCAGGCUGAUCAUCAAGGACAAGCAAGGCCCCGGCAGGAGCGUGGUGGCUGCCACCAUCAACACGCUCCUGGAGAAGACCAGGGAGGGGGCCGGCAGUUCCGCGAGGGGCCAGGAGCCCCUCUGUGGCGGCGAUAAGCCCCGGUGGGGCCUGCCCGCCGGGAGGAACACCGUGAAAAACAUCCUGAAGAAGUUCCUGGCCGCGGAGGAGAAGGAGGCGGAGGAGAAGAGGCUCCGAGAGCAGCCUCCCGCGCAGCAGCAGCCCAGGGCUGCCCGGGGCCUCCUGCCCAAGAUCGUGGGCAGAAAGGGCUCGGUCCUGGCCAAGCUGCGGGAGAGGUUUGAGCAGAGCGGGGGCCUCUGCUCGGAGGCCGGCGUGCUGCGGCUCCGCACGGAGGAGCGGAAGAAGAAGGACCUCCAGAGGAAGAAGACGCACCGGCCGGAGGCCCGCGUGCUCUGCACGGCCACCGUGGCCAGCUCCUGCAUCCGGAUGCCCCCCGCCCGCUUCCUGGCCUGCUCGGCCGAGCCCGUGCCAGCCUUCAGCAUCGCCGCCAUCGUCUGCGGCCCCCAGAGCUGGCUGUCCCACUGCGCCAAGAUCAGACACUCGGAGCUGAGGCGCAUGCCCCCAAAGGACACCGGCAGGCCCCCCGAUGCGGGGGAGAGGGUGCCUGAUGGGAACCAAACACCAGGAGAGGAACUGCUGGCUGGGAGGCCCCCGCAGGCCUUGGCAGGGCAGGCCAUGGCUCCCAGCCUGCAAGCAGCCGCCCAGAGGGCAGGGCCUGAGAGCUUCCCUGAGCCCGUCCCCUCGCCCGCCUCCCCGAGCCGGGAAGCCCCUCCUGGCCUGGAACCCAAGCUCUCCUGGCUCACACCAGCCAGCCCAGGGCACGCCAGUGUGUCGGGAGGUGACAGGACGGAGGGCCUCCCAGCAGGGAUCACCUCAGAUGACACCCAGGGGGCAGAGGGGCCCAGGGCAGGCCCCCGCCCUGCACCCCCAGGGGAGAUGGCCGAGCAGGCCCCGCAGGUGGACCUCAUGGUUUGCAGCUCAGAGGACGAACUGACGGAAAGAGUCAUUUCAGACUCAGAGCAAGACCCUCUCUUCGCCGUCCAGGAGACUUUUCCGGAACAGCCAGUCCCAGGGCAGAUCCCGCCGCUCAGCGUGCCGGCCGCCCAGGCCGCCCGGCGCACCCAGUGGGCCUGCGAGCCUCCACAGAUCACCGUGCGGCUCCCGGUGGUCCACGAAAUGCCACUGCCUCCCACGGCGCUGCAGGCGGUAGCUGGUCACGCAGCCCCACCUUCUCUGUUGCCGGGAGGGGAGGGCGAGGUUGGACAGGCACCCGCGCUCCUUCCCACCACGACAGAGAGGAAAAGCCCCGAGGUGGCCCCGGUGGGAGCCAGCAAGCCUGCGGGGACGCACGGGGGACUCAGCACCCUUUCUUGGCGGGACUCCUGGGCACACCUGGCUCUCCCGCCCCUAAGGGGUGCUGCCAGCACUGACGGGGACACCCCAGAGGCAGCUCCAAUGCUGAAACCUCCGACGAGUCCUGCCGACGGAAAGGAAGACUGUGGGAGUUCAAACCAACUCCAGGACCACACGUGUAUUUCAGGACAGGAAGUUUCUGAGCUCAGGUACGAGAAGCAUCUGCUGUCGGAAUCAGGGGAAAUGCCAGUCCGUGACGAGGGCAACCCAGCCCAUCCCUCCACAGCCUCGGGGAAUCGUCCCAGGGGCAACGGCCGCUCUGCCCUGUGUGGUCAGCACGUGCCACCUCCCCAUGAGGGAGACUCAACAGACGCCCCAACUCUGCUGGCGGCACCGGCCGAGGGCUGGGCCAGGUCUGAGCCUGUGACCACCGUGGGUCAGAACGUCCUGCGUGAGCAGGCAGAACACGGGGGGCCACCACUGACUGAGUCCACUCAGCCCCUGCUGAUGGCCGACGGGGGCGCCAGCCAGGACGUUGGUGAGAACAGGCCAACCUCCUUACAUGAAGGCCCCACACCCAGGACCAAAGCCCCCGGGCGAGGGGCAGCCACAGGGGUCACUGAGAGUCACACAGCGCCAGCACCGAGGAACACUGUGGACCCCGAAAUCAGGUCUCCUGAACCGGGGAGCCCUGAGCACAAGAGAGAAUCUGGCUCCUCACCAACAGGUCACAGUCUUGUAACAGAGGAUGGAGGCCAUGCCCCCAACAGCCACCUCUGCUUGGCACCAGGAGGGCCCUGGAGGCCGCCCAGCGGCAGAGCCGCAGAGGGCCUCGGCUGCGGAGACUCAGGGCAGCGCCUGCCCGGGACCUCGGAAUCACUGCCCGCGCCCCCACAGACGGCUGCGAGCCCCCCAUUCACGCCCGAUGAACCUGGCUUGGGGGUUUCAAAGGAAUGGGCAGCCAACAAAGUGAAUGCCGCAGCAGGAAGCGGAAACGCUGCGGCUGCUCCAGCCGGUCCUCGGGGGAGUAGCACGAAGUCUGCGGCUCCACCCUCACAUGGCCCCGCACCGCAGGGAGGUGGCGUAGAGGGGCCUCCGCGCCACGGUUUGGACGGGCCCCCAGCGCCUUCUGAGGGGCAGCGGGCCGGGGAUGAGGAGCAUGUCGUGUCUGAAAAACGCCUUCCUCUGGCUGCUGGGGUUUCCCCUCCGUUCCCCUCAGUGCCACCGACAGGAGCAGAAGGGGGGCCCCGGACGUGUCCCAGCCUCCAGGCACACCUGCCGCCUGCAUCCCGCAUACAAGCUGGUGUCCGGCUGGACAGAGAGGUCAGAGAGGGGCCAGGGUCACAGGCAGGCCUGGGGGGUGGAGAGGAGGGAGUCUCAGGGCCUGUGGGGCCUAAGGGUCCUGGUCAGAAGGACGUUGUUCCUUUGGACCCAGGGAAAAUCAAGGUUGGAGAGAGGCCAGGGCCACAGGCAGGCCUGGGGGGUGGGGAGGAGAGGGUGCCAGGGCCUGUGGGGCUGAAGGGUCCUGGUCAGAAGGGAGUCCCUCCUCCAAACCAGAAGACCCCCGUGCGUGGCUCUGAAGAGGUGCAGACACAGCCCCAGGAUGACGAGGUGGGCAGUGACAGGGCGACCCCUGAUGUGGAGACCCCUUGCCCACACGCUGAGAAAGGUCCAGAUCGCCCCCCAGGGCAGUGGGUGCAGGCCGUCGAGGACCCCUCAGGGCAACACGGCGUCCACACUGAGGAGCGGCAGGGGCGCCUGGCACAGGCCCAGGCCGGCAGGAUGGCACCCCACCACUCGGUGCAGCCCACAGGCAACUCAUUGGCUGUGGCACCUGCACCUACCACAGGUGCACGUGGGCAGUCCCCGAGGCCAGCCCCCACGGGUGGCCAGGGGCCACCUGGAGUGCCACAGGAGGCGGAAGAACACCGUCUGCAGGCGGCCAAGAGCCAGACGCCCGCCCGACCCGAGCCAGCGCAAGGCUCUGCUACAGUGCCCACGCCCAAGGCUGGGGGCGGCCAGGCGCCCGACGCCCCAGUCCAGGAGGGGCCCCCAGACAUCUCCUGGGCAGGAAGGAGCGCACUGGACCGCGAGCAUCAGAGAAGGUUUGCAAAGUACAAAGCCCAAAGCUUCGGCGACCAGAGGUCCUUUGACUUGUCCUUUAGAGCCAAGGUUAUCAAGGCCAAUGACACGUUCGAACUUCCAAAGUGA